CUUGCAGCAAGCAUAAUAGGGUAUUUGCUGAACAGAAGUGUAAACAAAGAAAAGAAUAUCGAAUCUAAAAGGGAUUUAAAACAGGAAUUGCUCAGUAUGAACAUGGAUUCCGAACUACAAGGGGAGAGUUGGACUAAGGACGCAAUUUGUCCCAUUUGUCUGGAUUUCUUCACCGAUCCAGUUACACUGGAGUGUGGACACAACUUCUGCCGCUCCUGUAUCACCCAGAGCUGGGAGAAGAACGAGAUAAACUCCUGCCCGGAACGUAGGCAGGAGUUUCCGGAAAGAAAGUUCAUAGGUUGUUGGGUCUUAGCAAAUCUUGCCGAGAAAGCUCGAAAAUUGUGUUUGAAUCCGCAAAAGAAGGAAGGUAAAUGCCCCUGUGAGGGACACCAUGAAGAACUGAAGCUGUUUUGUGAAACUGAUAAGAAAUUGAUGUGUAUGAAUUGCAAAGAUUUGCAGGAACACAAAGAGCACCAUAUCAUCCCAGUGAAAGAAGCUGUGGAAAUCUACAAGGAUUGGGUGAAAUCUUCCUUAGAUUCUCUCACAGAGAAGAAAUCAGCAGCUCUAGAAAUGGAACAGCAGCAGAAACAGAGGAUUUCCCAAAUUCAGGAGGAAUCUAGCAGUCUGCAGACCCACAUCAAAUCUGAGUUCACUAAAAUGCACCAGUUUCUCACUGAGAAAGAGUAGAAUUUAAUCCGAGAUCUCAGAGAACAAGAGGAAAACAUUCUAAAAACAAUGGAGCAAAACCUUUAUGAAAUUCAAGAUAAUUUAAACUCUCUUCAGAAGAAACUCUCAAUGUUGGAAAAACAGUUGGAACAAAAAGAUGGAGUGAUAUUUCUGAAGGAGGAAAUAUCUCGGAAGAGGAGGAUUAGUGAUGAUGAUAAUGAGAUGUCACUAACAGAUGGUGCCCUGUCCACUGAAAAAUUCAACAUCUUUUUCCCAUUUCCAGUGUGGAGAGAAAUGCUGGAGGCCAUUAAACUUGUCUCUGUGACCCUGGAUGUGGAAACAGCGAAUCCCCGGCUCGAGGUGUCUGAAGAUCUGAAGAAUUUGAGAUGGACCGUGAUCCAGAGGAGUUUCCCUGACACCAGGAAGAGGUUUACAAACUGGGACUGUGCCCUGGGAUCACAGGGAUUCACAUCGGGGAGACAUUACUGGGAGGUGAAGGUGGGGGAGAAUCGUAGCUGGAGUCUGGGAGUAGCCUCAGGGUCUGUGGAGAGGAAGAGAUGGGUCAGACUGAUCCUGGAGAAUGGAUUCUGGACCAUUGAGCAGGAUGAGAACCAGUUUUACAUAAACUCCUCUCCUUCAUCCCGUCUCCCAGUUGGUCAGAUCCCUGGGAAAGUGGGAGUUUAUCUCAAUUAUGAAUCUGGGACAGUUUCAUUUUACAACGCAGACACCAAGUCCCAUCUCCACACCUUCACUGGGAAUAAAUUCACUGAGAAACUUUAUCCUUUCUUCUGGACAUCUGAUUCAAACGACUUUCUGAGAAUCUGCCCCUGUUAAAGGGGCAGGCCUUAGGAUGUCCCCGACAUCACUAUGAUGUGACCCUGGGAUUAGGGUAGCAUCAGAGAUCAAUGAUUGGGGUCAGAAACCUCCAUUGGCAACACAUUGUUACAAAAUGUGACACUGAAUUUCCAGAUUGUUUUUUGUAAAAUCACAACCAGACUGUAUAACUGCAAUAUAAAUAUAAAUGUCAGCGAUGUUGUAAGUUGGGUAGAGUACUUGAUAA